AGCACUGAAUGCAAACAGGGUCAGUAAUAUGUGUGUAGUUUGGGAAAUAAUGUGCCACUGUUCUUCUUUUGCCAGUCUGUGUGUAAACUCUUCUUUCAUUAGCAAUAAGGAAAAGUUUAACUCAACAUACAUUUGACUACAUGUGCUACAUAGAUAUUAUGAAAACCACGCUGAACUUCAGAAUAGUGUUAAUCUUAUUACUGACUGUUAGCACCAACAGCCAGUCGACAGCUACUUCUGUGUCAGGAACAGGCCCAUGCAGGUUAUGGUGCCAGUUACCAUGCUUAUAUCCAUGGCAGCCGAUGCAGUACUACUGCUGCGAUAAUUACGUGAAAACAGGCAGAUGCCCUCUGAUUCGACCCAUCUGCCCAGUGGCAUCUGGGGCAGCUGUGCCAGGGAGUAACAACCAGUCUCCCCCUGUCUGCGAGAGUGACCGACAGUGUGCAGGCACUGACAAGUGCUGCUAUGAUCAGUGCCUCUUGUAUUACACUUGUAAGCCUGCUGAAUAAACUCGAUCGCUCCAAACAAAUAAAUUCUGUUUCUAAUAGCAGCAUCAAUUUUAAAGUAUGAAACUGCAUCUUGUAUACUUACUGUGAGUAAAUGAUAAAUAAAAUUACUUGAAAAAUUAUUCAAGAUGUACAGAAAUUUUAAAGGAUUGUAAAUUUGUAUUUGAGUACACAGUCGACAGUGAUGACAUUUAGGGAAAAAUGUAUGCGGUCCGAAACUAUUGUUGUCUGUGUACGUAAUUUAAGUGGUUUACAUACACAUGCUAAUAUAUACCAGUAAUGUCUAAAUUUUUGUAUAACAAUACAAUAAAUUAUAGGGAAUGAAAAUUA